CACCUCCUCCUCCCCCACCAACCUCGCCGGAAUGCUCGCCUUCUCGCCCCCUUCGCGCCUCCCUCUCCUCCCAUCCCUCCGCCCUCGCCCUCCUCUUCUCCCCCCUCGCCGCCGCUGCCUCCACAGGAAAAGCCACCCCUCCUUCCUCCGCCUCCGCGGCUGUCUCCUCCCUCCCCGCCGCCUCCGCGUGGACGCGGCGCGGCGCGCGGGUAUCGUGAUCGACGUCGACGAGGUGUCCGAGAUCGGCGACCGCGACCUCCCCGUGGACGUAUCGUUCACGCGCAGGAUACCCCCCGCGCUCACCGUCGGCGACGGCCUCGACGCACUGCGGCGGGCCGUCGAUGAGGUCAAGGCCAGCCCGCCUGGCGCCGGCAGUGGCGUGAUCAGGUUCGAGGUACUUGUUCCACCCAGUACGAAGGCACUUAAAUGGUGGUGCUCUCAGUUUAGCAGAUCGUCAUUAUUUCCACAGUUUUAUUUAUUGAGGAAGCUAAACUCUGGUCCAUCAUUUCAACUUGAAAUCUGUGGCAUUGGUUCUGCAAUUUGCUUGCACGGUUCCAAACUAGUAAACAGUGGAUUUGAUUUGGUAUCGAGAUAUCUUUCUUCUGAUUCACACUUGAUAAGGGCUUAUGGAUCAGUAGGCAUGAAAUAUGACAAGAAAUUAUUGUCAAUAGAGGAGAAAAUCGGUUCAUAUUACUUCUUCAUCCCUCAGGUUGAGUUGAGCGAGUUUGGUGGCUGUUCCAUAUUAUCAUCAACCAUGGUUUGGGAUGACUAUUUUUCUCAUACAUUCGAGGAUGCAGUUUCUUUAUUUGAAUCUUGUUUUGAUCAGAUACAAAAUACUUAUGAUUCUUCAGCCAGCAUCUCUCACAAAGGCUUGGUAGCGAGUUACAUUUCUGGAGAUUCGCAAUUGUUAGAGACUGGGAAUGCUCAAUUGGUGUAUUUGGAUGCAGAAGUGCUAGCCACAAUAGAUGCCAAAGCCAGCGUGCAAAAGGAGAAAUUCCUGACUUCCGAUCAGUCAUUUGUUAGAUUUUCACCGCAGUUCUUCUUUUGUUCAAACAUGGACUCAUGCUUGCAGCACAAUGAAACCGAAUCUUUCAUUAAGAGCUGCCCUAACAUUAAUUUGGCAUGGGCAUCCCUUAUAGUAGAAGAAUGUGUUAGGCUUGGUUUCACGUACUUCUGUAUAGCUCCAGGGUCGAGAUCAUCUCCGCUUGCACUUUCUGCUACAAGCCAUCCUUUGACAACAUGCAUAUCAUGUUACGAUGAACGGUCACUUGGAUUUCAUGCUCUUGGCUAUGGGAGAGGUUCUCGAAAGCCAGCGGUAGUAAUCACAUCAUCAGGAACCGCUGUAUCAAAUCUUCUUCCUUCGGUGGUCGAGGCAAGCCAAGAUUUCAUACCAAUUAUAUUACUCACAGCUGAUCGUCCUCCCGAGUUGCAUGCUGCUGGAGCUAACCAGGCCAUCAAUCAGGUCAAUCAUUUUGGUACCUUUGUAAGAUACUUUUUUAAUCUCCCUCCACCUGGUGACCAAAUUUACGCAAGAAUGGUUCUGACCACACUUGAUUCAGCAGCCUACUAUGCAAUGCAAACACCACAAGGCCCAGUGCAUAUAAAUUGUGCUUUUAGAGAACCACUAGAGUACAGCAAUCAAGACUGGAAUGUUGACUGUUUGAGAGGUUUGGAUAAGUGGUUUAAAAACAGUGAACCAUAUACUAGAUACCUAAGAAUAAAAAAGGUUUCUGGAUUCGGUAAUUAUUCUUGCUCAGUAAUGGAGGUUCUGGAGAUCAUAGAAAAGGCAGAACAAGGGCUUCUAUUAGUUGGUGCUCUUCAUACAGAAGAUGACUUGUGGGCUGUGACUUUACUUGCUAGGCACCUUUCCUGGCCAGUUGCUGUUGACAUUCUGUCUGGACUGCGAUUGCGGAAAGUAGCAAACUCAUUCCCAGGGCUUGAUAAGAGCAUUUUAUUUAUAGACCACAUAGAUCAGAUUCUAUUGUCUGAUUCUGCUAAAAACUGGAUAAGUCCAGAUGUUGUUGUCCAGAUUGGUAGCCGUAUUACUAGCAAACGAGUGGGAAUGUUUCUCGAAUCUUGCUUCCCAUCUUCCUACAUCUUGAUUGAUAGGCAUCCAUGCCGUCAUGAUCCUUCGCAUGUUGUCACUCACAGAAUACAAGCUAGCGUAGCUGAAUUUGCUGCUAGUUUGUGCCAGCGUACUUUUCAAAGGAAGACAAGCAGAUGGAAAGAUAUCUUGAUGGUUCUUAAUUCAGUGGUUUCUCAGGAGAUAAUGUUUCAGAUACAUUCGAAGUGCUCACUUACGGAACCAUAUGUCGCUCAUGUAAUCGGGGAGUCACUUUAUGGUGAUGCCAUCAUGUUUGUUGGGAACAGCAUGGUCAUUCGAGACUUAGACAUGUUUGGAAAGGGCUGGCUUGAUUACACUACAAAUGGAAAUAAUGUGAUGUUGCGUCAUUUCCCGGACUUUCUUGGCACUAUAGUGGCUGGAAACAGAGGAGCAAGUGGCAUUGAUGGUUUGCUCAGUACAGCAAUCGGAUUUGCUGUUGGAUCAAACAAGCAUGUAUUCUGUGUGGUUGGUGACAUAUCUUUUCUUCAUGACACAAAUGGAUUGGCACUUCUCAACCAAAGGGCACGGAGGAAACCGAUGACGAUAAUUGUUAUCAACAACCAUGGUGGUGCAAUCUUCAGCCUUCUUCCAAUAGCAAAAACUACUUCACCCCAAAUUUUGAAGAAAUUCUUCUACACCUCACAUGACAUAUCAAUUCCCAAACUGUGUGCUGCACACAGCGUAAAGCAUUUUCUAGUUCAAACAAAAGCGGAGCUUCAUGAUGCCUUGGUGAAAUCCCAUGCGGAACAGGUUGAUUGCGUGGUAGAAGUAGAGAAUAGCAUUGAUGGCAAUGCCAACUUUCAUAGAAUUAUAAACAUGUUCUCAAACAAUUCUACAACUCGGUAUCUGGAUUAUCUUCUGGGAGUUCCAUACUCCAAGAGUGAGUUGGAUGGCAUGCCUGUUAACAGAAUUCAGGCAGUGGAGUACAUGUUGUACAGAAUCCAGCUUUCUGCACCACGAACUUCAGGGAUAUCAGCUGGCAGCUUCUUUCAUGAAGGCUUUAUUCUGAAGCUUUGUGUGGAUGAUAGCAUUGUAGGAUUUGGUGAGGUUGCACCAAUUGAAAUUCAUGAGGAGGAUAUGUUGGAUGUUGAAGAGCAACUUAGGUUUCUUUUCCACAGGAUGAAAGAUUCUGCGCUAGAUGUUAUUCCUAUGUUGGGAGGCUCCUUCUCCAAUUGGAUAUGGACAAGCCUCGGGAUUCCUCCUUCUUCGAUAUUCCCAAGUGUUAAGUGCGGUUUGGAGAUGGCCAUUCUUAAUUUACUUGUGUCACAACGGAAAUGUAGAUUGUCAGAAAUUCUUGCUGGUUCCAACCCCUUAGUACGAGAGGGGACUGUCGUUGAAUAUAAUCAGAACAGUUCUGCAAGCAUACAGAUCUGUGCCCUCGUAGACAGCAAUGGUACUCCAAUGGAGGUGGCACUUGCUGUCGCCAAACUGGUAGCUGAAGGUUUUAACACAGUUAAACUGAAGGUUGGGCGUCGCGAAAGCCCCACUGAAGAUGCAGCUGUUCUUCAUAAAAUAAGAGAAAUUGUAGGGUACCAGAUCAAUAUCCGUGUUGAUGCGAAUCAGAAAUGGACAUAUGAACAGGCAGUUGAAUUUGGAUAUAGGGCAAAAAGCCUUCGUUUGCAAUACAUUGAGGAACCAGUGAGCUCUGUAAAUGAUCUCAUCAAGUUCUGCGAAAAGAGUGGCUUGCCUGUUGCACUAGAUGAGACUAUUGACAAUCUUAAGGGGGAUGUAAUUCCUAAGCUUCAUCAAUUUGUGCAUCCAGGAAUAGUUGCUCUUGUUAUAAAACCCAGUGUCGUUGGAGGUUUUGAGAAUGCAGCUCAUAUAGCUAAAUGGGCUCAGAUGCACGAUAAGAUGGCUGUCAUCAGUAGCGCGUACGAGAGUUCUGUAGGAUUGGCAUCCUAUAUUCAGCUAGCACAUUAUGUUGACCUACAAAACUCCAUCGUCUCCAGAAUAAAGAACAAGGAUACAUGUGGAGCUGCCUCGCAUGGACUUGGAACAUAUCAAUGGUUAAGGGAAGAUGUAUCAGAACAAAAGUUAAAAUUCCAUGUAACCCCACUUGGUGGCGGAAUCGGAGCUUCAGUAGAAGAUGCCCACGGUUAUCUCCACCAUCUAAAUAUAAACAACAAGAAGAUAGUUAGGGCAUAUAGUGAAGAAAAACUGAGAUCAUAUUCUAUCCAAGUUGAUGUGGACGAUUGUUCAUAUCUAGUCAAGCUUCAGGAGGCCGGCGAUCAUACAAAUGAAAAGGUUGUUCUUCUACUUCAUGGAUUUCUUGGUACGAGUGAAGACUGGGUUCCCAUGAUGAAAGCUCUCUCUCCCAGUGUACGGGUCAUUGCUGUUGAUCUUCCUGGUCAUGGCGAGUCACAAAUGCUGCAGCAUCAUGUUGGAAAUUCAAAACAAUUCCCUGUUACAGUUCAAUCAGUUGCAGAUUUGUUGCUAAAGUUGAUGUGCCAUAUAACUGAUGGUGAGGUGGUGGUUGUUGGCUAUUCAAUGGGUGCAAGGAUUGCACUCCACAUGGCAGUAAAUCAAAUUCACAAGGUAACUUUAUUAAUGUUCUAUCUUUUCUGUGCAUUUCUUUCCUUCGAUGAUCCUAAGCUGGUUAUGUCAAGACAGAUUAGUGGAGCUGUUAUAGUAUCGGGAAGUCCCGGAUUGAGAGAUGAAGCAAAUAGACGUCGUUGUAUUGCUAUUGAUAAAUCAAGAGCUCAGUUCCUGUUGUCGAAUGGACUUGAAUGUUUUCUUGAGACAUGGUACUCUGGAAAAAUGUGGGCCAGUCUACGGGAGCAUCCUAAAUUUGAUUCUCUAGUGAGGGCACGCAGAAAACAUGAGAACAUCAAAGCACUAGCUAAUGUUCUUGAAGAGUCAAGUGUAGGGAGACAAAGGCCCCUGUGGGAAGACUUGAAGCACUUGAAGAGGCCUCUACUCAUUGUCGCAGGUGAAAAGGACAAAAAAUUCAAAGAGAUAUCGCAGCAAAUGUGCAGGGAAAUAAGAAACUACUCAGAAUUUGGAUCUGAUGGUGGUAAUGGGAAUGAUCUCUGUGAAUUGAUCAUCAUCCCAGAUAGUGGCCAUGCUGUCCAUGUUGAGAACCCUCUUCCUUUGGUGAGGGCCGUGAGGAAGUUCGUGCUAGAGCUGCACUGAGGAUAACAUAUGAGUAGCACAGGUUGCUCUACCCUUGCAGUUUGCCAGGGUAAAUGGUCGAAUUUUGGCAUACUUGCUGGUUCUGGAUUACAGAUGUCGAUGGAGGAAUAAAGGUUCCAUGUGUUCAUGCUGGUCAUUCAGGACUGUGUUUUGGCGACUUUUUUGUGACAAACUUGUUUGCAGUAACUUUUCCGUUUGAGCCUGGGGAGGCAAAGCCAACGUGCCUGAGCCUGACUGUGCAUCCGAAGCAUUGUCACCCACAAUGGAUUGAUCAGUUCAUGAGUGUUCAACGUAUUCCUUUGAGAUGGUCAGUGUUCUGCAGUUCCUACCGGUAAUACUCGGCAUGUUCACAUCUGGAGUAUGUAGUAUGUACAACGAUUCCAUUUGUAUCCCAGAUUUGUAUGCAAUGCUCGUUCUCUGGCAGCGGCUUAGUCGAAGUUAACACUGAGCUGCAGCCUUUCAAGUAGCAGACCUUUUGUGCUGAUCUUUAAUGCAAUCAAAAUGUGCAAUUUUCUUGGUCU